CCCAUCCUCCUGCGCGCUCUCGGAAGAAUUUGGGCGCAGCGCUGCGUCCAAAAGGAACCAGCCGAACCCUAGUUGAGGCGUCGCUCUAGAGGGGGACCCCGGCUACUAGUUUCUUCUGGAGGAUUUGAGGGGUGUCGUAUGAUUUGGUUUUAGGGUAGUUUUAUUUUUUAUAUUGUAUUUAUUUUUUCCUGUCAUGGAGACUCUCAGGGGGCUCCUCGCGCUGAUGUGCGCUGUUGUGGCUGGAGCGCAGCUGCAGAGUCAAGUGACAACGUUUGCAGAUUGCCCCGUUGACCUUUUCUUCGUGCUGGACACAUCUGAGAGUGUUGCUCUAAGGCAGAAACCUCCCAACUUCUACAUCAACCAGAUUAAAGAGUUCACCAAACGCUUCAUAGAUGAACUCCAAGACAUGCGUCACCGAUGUGACCGCGUCGUGACGUGGAACUCAGGAGCUCUUCACUACAGCGAUGACAUCAUCCUGGUGAGGGAGCUGAGUGACAUGCGCACCCAACGCCAGGCCCUGAAAAAGGACAUAGAUGGCAUCACGUACAUCGGCAAGGGCACGCACACCGACUGUGCCAUCAAAAGGGGCCUGGCUGAGCUGCUCGUUGGGGGGUCCUACUAUGAGCAGAACAAGUACAUAGUGGUCAUCACUGAUGGUCACCCAAUCACCGGGUACAAGGAACCAUGUGGAGGAGUGCAGGAGGCUGCAAAUGAAGCCAAGCAGCACGGAGUCAAAGUCUUUGCUGUUGCAAUUUCACCUGAUCAGGAGGACACCCGGCUCUCACUCAUUGCCACAAACCAGAACUACCGACAGAACUUCACUGCUGCAGACAAUGAUUACAGAACCACCAAGAUUCAAACUAUUCGGUCCAUUAUUGACAUUAUUACCAACGAAACAAAGGAUGUGUGCUGCUCCUUUGACUGCAGUCCUUCCGGAGGCGCUAAAGGACCACCUGGAGAGGCUGGUGGCAUGGGGGAGAUGGGUCGACCUGGAAUGCCAGGAGAGAAAGGAGACAUGGGUAAUAUGGGCAGCGUUGGAGAUCCUGGACCUGUUGGCUACAGCGGGAUGAAGGGAGAUCGAGGUCCAAGAGGAGGAAAGGGCGAAAGAGGAGCCAAAGGCUUUAAGGGCGACAAAGGUCAGAGUGGGUUGGAUGGGACUGAUGGACGGAAGGGCGAGGCUGGUUUCCCUGGACUUCCCGGAUGUAAAGGUUCUCCAGGAGCAGAUGGCAAGCAAGGGGAGCCUGGACCAAAAGGAGAUCCUGGUCCUUAUGGGAGGAAAGGAGAAAAAGGAAAUUCUGGAAGGCCCGGUGAACCGGGAAGGCCUGGAAACUAUGGACCCCUUGGUGAUCCGGGAGAUCCGGGCCCCAACGGCGCCGACGGGGACAAAGGAGAGCGCGGCGAUGAUGGACUUCCCGGACCUGAUGGAGAGCGUGGCCUACAAGGAGCUGUUGGAGAGAAAGGGGAGGACGGCGCCCGUGGAGACAGAGGUACUCGAGGAGCGGCGGGGGAUCCAGGACCAAUGGGAGACCAAGGGAGGGAGGGGUCGGCGGGAGAAAACGGCGUACCUGGUGAUCCUGGCAAGGCUGGCCCACCUGGCUACAGAGGAGAUGAAGGCCCACCAGGACUAGAGGGACCCAAAGGGCCGCAAGGAAUCAAAGGAGCUCCAGGAGACAGAGGCCCUAUUGGGGAGAGGGGAGCGGAUGGGAUCCCCGGAAAUGGAACAGUCGGCUGCAACGGCUUCCAGGGUUAUCCUGGACAGCGUGGAGACCCCGGACAGUCGGGUAGCAGUGGAACUCCCGGACCAAAAGGAGACGAUGGAGAGCCAGGAGACCCGGGCCCUGAUAACAUCGAAGGGGGACCUCCUGGAAUCAAAGGGGCCAAAGGUCACCGAGGCCCAGAGGGAAGACCGGGUCUUCCUGGGCCGCCUGGACCAUCAGGAACAGAUGAAUGUGAAAUUCUGGAUAUCAUCAUGAAGCUCUGCUCAUGUUGUGAGUGCAAGUGCGCUCCGGUGGACUUGGCUUUCAUUGUGGACAGCUCAGAGAGUAUUGGCGCCACGAAUUUUGCCACCGCCAAAGACUUCAUUAUCACCGUUAUUGACAGGCUGAUUAAAGACCACCAAGUCAAGUUUUCAGUGGACCAGUCCACAGUCAGCGUGGUCCAGUACAGUGGAUCUAAAGCCCAAGAAAUUGUCAAAUUAACCAGCAACCUCACCGAUUUCAAGCAGGCAAUACGAGACAUGAACUGGCUGGCUGAGGCCACAUACACCGGCGAGGCUCUAAGCUUUGCCCUGAACAACACAAUCAGCCUCAUGAGGAAAGACAACAAAGUGGUUCUGGUCCUCACAGAUGGACGCGCUGACAUCAAGAGGGAUACAUUUCCACUCACCACCCUUUGUGGGAAAGGUGUCCAGGUUGGUGGUUUGGGAGUGAAAGACUACUCAGGUCGCCAACCCAACAGUGAGCAGCUUGACUCCCUGGUGUGCAAGGACGACCCCAAACCAGGCUUUUCCUUUGUGUUGAAGGACUUUACUGAGCUGUUAGACGACAAUUUCCUACAGAAUCUCACAGCCAAGAUCUGCCAAGAAAGGAACUGCCCAGACUACAAAUGUCCAAUUUCUUUCUCUGAUCCAACUGAUAUUUUGGUCAUGAUGGACAGCUCAGCCAGUGUGGGCCAGAAGAACUUUGAGAUAAGCAAGACCUUCAUCCACCGCUUGGUAGAACGUUUCUUGAAUGCAGAGAGGAAGCGAAAUGUCAAAGUACAAGUGGCCCUUGGCCAGUACAGCCGCACUGCACGUCUGGAGCAAGAGCUAAUGGAGGAUAUGCCCCAGCUUUCUGUUCGCAUUGAGAAAGCAGUGUUCGAAAAUGAUGGUACCAACAUUCUCGAGGCCAUGGACCUAGCAGUCAGGACUUUACGAAGGAGUGCAGCGGGAAUAAAGAAGAAGCUGGUGCUGUUUUCUGAUGGCAGGUCUCAGGGUGUCACUGUGCCCGUCUUAGAGAAGCGUGUUCGAGAUUUGGCAGAUGCCGGCAUUGAGCUCUUUGUCAUUGCAGCCGGUAGCCAUGUCAAUGAAGGCAACCUUCGCUUGCUGGUGAGCAGGGGGCGGCAGGACGAUGUCUCCUAUGCCCAACGGCACCUGUUCCGUGUUCCAGACUACCCCUCUCUUGUCCGGGGGGUCUUCUACCAAACGGUGACCCGCAGAGUCUCCUUGUCCUCCAUGUAAUGUCAGAAAACAAAACCAGUGCCUUACCUUUAUAGCCCCACAAACAAAUAUUCCAUCUCACCCUUUUAACGUACAUUUACAUUUCAAAAGCAUCACAAAACAACAAAAGACUAUUUGGCAGACAAAUGUAAAUAUCUUUACAGACUUGCUGCAACAUCGCUCUUAUAGUCUAUAUCUAGCUUUCCUUCGGGCUGAUUUUGACUCAGGUGUUCUGCUUCCUUUAAUCCCUCUCUACUUGCUUUUUUUAACCCCGUCGGGUACAACAAUGCUCAUAACAUGGACCUUUUUUGUUUGUUUUAAAUGUUGUUUGCAAGAAACAACAGCUAGUGUGAAACCAAACCUACUAAUUUUAGCUGUAUGAUUUUUAAACCGUAAGACUCCUUUCUGAAUGUUGUCUCUUUUUUGUUUUUUGUUUUGUUUUAAACAUUGUUAGAUCGCACAGCACUGAAGUCAGGAUGUGACAUCAGGCAGACAUUAAAAGACAAACUCAUCAGUACAUUAGAUCAGUGUUUUUCAACCUUUUUUGAGCCACGGCACACUUUAACCUUGACAAAAAUCCCGCGGCACACCAGCAUCCCAAAAAA